CUUGAAUAUCAUUUGAAAACCACGCGGAGCAGUGCACCACGGGACUUCUUGUUCCAUUUCCGGUGCAAACUUUUACACAGGAAACCCAUAGCCGCAAAUUAUUUUUUUGGCGACAGGAAAGCAAAGGCUGGGAAUUGUGAAUUUUUGUCUAAAUCAUUAAAUAAAAACAGAUGUCUCUGAAGUAUUUCUGGUUUCUAUAGUUAAAAAAUACAGCAACGAUUGGCUCUUGAAGUGUUCUUUUUUUCUUUUACAAUUUUAAUUAAAUUUAAUUUAAAAUACCUCAUCAAAACCUCUUUUAGAUAAACAAAGGCUCAAUUCUCACUGUUGUCGAUAGUUCUAGUUCUCAAGCAAUGCUUAUUGUUUGACGGUAUUUUAGUACAAAUGUACACAACAAAUUACAAGGACUGAUUUUUAAAUGAGUACACAAAUACAACAAUUCAAAAAAGUAAAUAAGUUAAGACAAGUUUAUUUGGACCGGGCCACAAAGCGAUUAUAUAAAGGAACACUAGUAUCUAUGAGUUAAAGGCAUGAAAGGAACUAGUCAAUAAGAACUUUCAAGUAUCCUUUUCUGUUUUGUUUACAACGUCAAGCUAACAGGUACUAGACGUCCUAAAUUAUUUAUUAAAAAUAACAGUCAUGGUUGUUGAUAGUAGUAAGAGAACCUGCUGUCGCAUUGACUUGCAAAACUGGCAUCGCUUCCCUCGAAAGGUGCAAACUCUAGCUUUAGCCUUGAAACAUGGCGAACGAGACAGCAGACGAGAUAGAAGCAAAGGCUCGCAGAGAGAGGGAAGAUACCCAACUUCGACUUUCCCUAUUUGUCAUAGCAUUGUUGAGCCUGACUUGGCUGCUAGGAGCCUAUGGCUUCUCCUAUCUUUGGUGCUUGUUUAUCAUACCUCUUUUGUUUACUAUCUGGUAUCGGAAGAAUUGCAGAAUUCUCGAGGACCGAGUUCGGGAAGCUGAGAUAAAAGUUCACCGACGGAAAGCUUUAAGAGACGAGGAGACCACGGAAUGGCUCAACUUUAUCCUCAACCGAUGGUGGAAUUUCAGCGAGACCUCUAUAUGUCAACUUGUACGGGACAGUCUAAAUCCUGUGCUGGACUACAGUAGGCCUUCAUUCAUUGAAAAUAUGGAGCUUGUGGAAUUCUCAUUCGGGAAGAAGACGCCGUUUCUGAAAUAUGUCAAAGUUUUUGAAAAUAUCGAUGAAGGGGAUUCAGUGAACGAGCCCGCAACCGAUAGCAACGUGUUUGAGCCGCCAGACAAGAUCAAGGAACGUCAACGUCACCUUCUGGUGCUUAACAUGGACCUUUGUCUGCAUGCUCCGGACACCAACAUCAUCAUCCGGGUCAGACUUGGUGGCAAGAUGCUGGGUGCAGACGUUGAUGUGGGCCUCGAAGACGUCAGUCUGUCCGGACGAGCGCAGAUCGUAUUUGAGCUAGACCACAUGGUUCCUUUCCCACACAUGAAGAGCGUUGCCGUCACUUUCCUCGAGAAACCUGAAGUCGGGUUUGACGUGCGCAUGAUGAAAGCAGUUCAGGUUAUGGAUAUCCCAAUGCUAAAAGACUUCAUCAACGCCCUCGUCAUGGACAGCUUGACAUAUGCAUUGGUCGACCCUGGACGUAUCGAGAUACCUCUACACGCGGAAGACCCCAACGAGCUGCUCAACAAGCCUCGCAAGUCUGCUUACGCUUCCGGAGUUCUGACGAUUUCUGCCAAGGGAGGACUUCCCAUUAAAUUUACAGACGACCAAGUGUUCGCCUCGUUCAAGGUUGGCGAGCAGGAAGAGAAGUGUUCCGAGAAGACUCAGGGAGGGACCUCUUGGGAAGGGUCCUUUUCCUUCCUCAUUUACGACCUAACCGCAGAAAAUCUUAUCGUAGAGGUUCGCGGCAAACGAGUGUUUGGUACGAAGUACACCAUCGCGAAAUACAAACUCUUUCUGAACGCUCUGGGGCUGGAAAAGAAAAAGAAAGUCGAUACUACCCUGGAGAAGGAAGGAAUCAAAGGUUCAAGACUCGAGAUAACUCUGGAAUACGCGCCCCUGAAGACAUUUGAAGUCAGCACUCGGACAAACGAGGAAGAAUUUCUGAGCAAAUACAAGAUGGAUGAGCCCGUCAACAUAAAGUCUGGCGUUCUUCUUGUUGCGCUGCAUAGUGGCUCAAAGCUACUCUCCAUGGAUGCAGACGGCUAUAGCGAUCCAUACUGUAUCAUAACCUCCAACAGGGAAAAGGUGAAAACUACGUCCGUGGUAGAGGGUACUGUGAACCCUGUAUGGGACUCGAUCACCGAGAUACUCGUCAAGGACAUCAACAAGACCAAUUUACACUUCUUUGUGUACGACCGAGAUCGCAACUGGCAAGGGCAGGCAGACGACUUUAUGGGUUCCUGCGCGCUUUCGCUCAAUAGUGACAACCCAGCGAUGAUCAAGAAAAAGCUGGAUGUUAAGUACAAAGUGUUCGGAAAAAAGCGCUCGGAAGACUCGUUUUUAGACGCUGGCUCUAUCAUGGUAUCCACUGUCUUUCAGCCUGUGGAGUUUGUCGCCAAGUCAGAAACCGAGGGCGACACCACGCCAUUGGAGAACGGGGAACAUAUUGACGACUUGAAUGAACACGCGAAGAAGCACACGAUGAAGAGCAGCAUGAAGACGAAGCGACAGAUCGAAGAGAUGAUGCUGAUUAAAGAGCGUGGUGUGUUAGUUGUCUCCAUACUCCAAGCUAAAAACUUAGUGUCGAUGGACAGCAAUGGACUAAGUGACCCCUUCUGUGUUGUUCGAGUGAACAGCUCGAAAAAGUUUAAAACGAACGUGAUCUACGAGAGUCUGAACCCGGUGUGGAACCAGUCAGUGUCCAUCGCUAUGCCCCAAGGCGGCGACAAGCUUAUCGUCGACAUGUUUGAUAAAGACGUGUUUCAGAAUGACUUUAUGGGCUCCGUUACACUCACGGCAGAUGACGUACAGGCAGCGGUCAAGAAAGGUUCCGAGUGGUACAAGCUGAAGGAUGUGGACAGUGGCGAGAUUCAGCUGUCACUAAAGAAGUCAUCUAAGGGCGAAGAAGUCCCGGAUGUCGGGGAUGUCGUAGAUGACCCCACCCAGACUGGUGAUAAUGAUGCCGAGUCCCCCGAGACUCCCUCGGACGGCAUGGGAGCGCUAGGCCAGGCACUACAGAAUCUGCAGGAGUAUGCGAAUAACGAAGGGCCGCCGGUAUAUUAUUGCGUGUCCGGCGAGGUGAUCCAAGCGUCCGAGAUCAAAGGUUGGGGAGCUGUAAUGGUCAAAGCGCGGUUUGACAUACCACGCAAGGGCCGAAAAGGCAGUGUAAAGUACGAACAGAUCAGCAUGUGCACCACGCCUCCACAGGCUCCCGAGAGUGGACUGGUCAAGUGGAAUUACAUCUUCCAGACCUCAGGAGGUGCUGCUAUUCCCAACGACGCGGUUAUUAUUUUCGAACUUAAAGACGCGAAGAAGAAAACACAGGGACUCAGCAAAAUAUCCAUCCAAGAGUUUUUCAAAGGUUGCCAUUUCAAGAAAGGGAAGACGAGGGACAAUAACAAUGACGAGAAGUGUUCAGAGACAAAGUGGAUGAAUUUGGAAUAUGACGGUAUGACCGCGGGACGCAUCCAGGUCAUGUUAUCCUACUCUGAUGUCCCGGAUGCCCCCAUCGAACUUUCCACAAUGCGGAAACGGUCUCUCCUCAAAAGAUUCUCCUCCAACUCCAACUUAUAAGAAAUAACACAUUACCUUGAGAUAUGUGGCUUAUUCGCACACAAGCACCCGAUUGAGGAGGUAUAAUUAUAACAAUUCCUGGAAUAUGAAUGCGGUCACCCAUUCGCACCCAAGCGCCCGAUAGAGGAGGCAUCAAUAUAACUCCAGUUUAUAAGGAUAACACAUUACGGCAUCGUCCUGGAGAUCGGAGGCUCUUCCGCACACACCCAUAGAGGAGGUUAAAUUAUAACACUUUCCUGGAAUAUUUCCUGGUCACCCAUUCGCACCCAAGCGCCCUAUAGAUUAAUAUAAAUCCAGUCCUUAUAGAGUCUAUUAGGAUAAAAAUUGCGGCAUCGUCCUGGAGAUCGUUGGGUCUUCCGCACACAAGCACCCGAUAGAGGUAUUAUUUUGACAUAUGGGUAUGGUCACCCUUUCGCACUAACCACGUGGUUGACCUUUAAAGUAGUGCGCCUUUUAGAAUCAAUUUUCACAUCGUAUGAUUUUUUUAUCACCAUUCUAUAAAAGUCAAUCGUGUAAAUAUAAACUAGACGUCGAUAUAGCAUAACGAAAAAAAAAAAGAUUGUGGGGCCUUAAUUCACUUUCAAAAUAUGCAAAACCUUUCUUACAAGCACACUACAUCAGCAGUAUUAUGUAAAUUUAUACGGGUCAAUUUAUUUUAUAAGUUUUAAAUAUUUGAACGAAUGAGAACAACAUCACAGGGGCA